ACUAGCUGCUGUCAAGCGGCGGUGGUGGAGGGGAUGCUCCCGGGACGCGCCAGGCGCCUGCUGCGUGCUGCUGCUCGGAGGUGGACUUCAAGUAGGGCCCAUCGCAGGACCGCGAGGACCCCUGCCCCCGGAGGCAUGCGGCUGCGAAGCCUCAGGACCGCUUUUGCGGUCAGGAGGCCCGGGGUGCUUCCCUGCUGGUGAGGGUGCCCUGCUGCGAGGCUUUGCACCCCUCACCCCCAAGCCACGGUCUCAGGUGGGCACUUCGCUGAGGGCCCGGCUGCUUCAGUUUGUGGUGCCGGUGGACGCAAAGCGGCGGAGUGGAAUCAGCGAUCGAAUCUGAAUUCUAAAAGAGCCAUGGACGAAGGGGCUUGGCAGCAACCCCGGCCCAGAGAGCAGCUGGAGUCGCGGGGCCCGUUAAGAGCUGUCCAGGGGAAGUGCGAGUCUGAGACCUUCAGGUCCAAGAGUUUACCAGUCUUGAACAGCGCCUCCUGCCGCCCGAGCCGCAGUCCUGCGAGUGUAGACGCCAAGGUUUCCUCAGUGUAUGCGGAUUCAUUGGGCUACCAAGAGUUGAAGCCAGUUCCAAACCCCUUGGCUCCCAGCCCUUCCGCCCCGUCUACUUCAGCAGGAGUGGUGGGUCUUGUGGACUGUGCUUACAGGACAGAUGUCGGCAAACCCGUCUCAGUGUCCUCCACCCUGGCCACGCUCCAGGAAAGAAAAUGCCUCUACGUGGUCCUCACAGAUUCCCGCUGCUUCCUGGUUUGUAUGUGCUUUCUGACCUUCAUCCAGGCGUUGAUGGUCUCCGGCUACCUGAGCAGUGUCAUCACCACCAUAGAAAGGCGCUACAGUCUGAAAAGCUCCGAGUCUGGGCUGCUGGUCAGCUGCUUUGACAUCGGGAACCUGGUGGUGGUGGUGUUUGUCAGCUACUUCGGCGGCCGGGGUCGCAGGCCCCUGUGGCUGGCCGUGGGCGGGCUGCUCAUCGCCGUGGGGGCUGCCCUUUUUGCCUUACCUCACUUCAUCUCGCCUCCUUACCAGAUCCAAGAGCUGAACGCCUCGGCCUCCAAUGAUGGCCUGUGUCAGAAUGGCAACUCCACCCCCAUUCUGGAACCUCCUCCCUGUCUCAAGGACCCGGGAGGAAAUAACCACUGGAUCUACGUGGCUUUAUUCGUUUGUGCACAGAUCCUCAUUGGAAUGGGCUCCACACCUAUUUAUACCCUGGGACCAACUUAUUUAGAUGACAAUGUCAAGAAAGAAAACGCAUCCUUGUAUCUAGCCAUCAUGUAUGUCAUGGGAGCACUUGGUCCUGCGGUGGGAUAUUUGUUAGGUGGACUUCUUAUUGGUUUUUAUGUUGAUCCCAGAAAUCCUGUUCACCUCGACCAGAAUGAUCCUCGUUUCAUCGGAAACUGGUGGAGUGGAUUCCUCCUUUGUGCCAUUGCAAUGUUUCUUGUGAUAUUCCCAAUGUUUACUUUUCCAAAAAAGCUUCCACCUCGACACAAGAAAAAGAAAAGAAAAAAAUUUUCUGCUGAUGUUGUCGGCGAUGAUGAUGUUAUCAAAGAGAAGUCAAGUAACAGCGAACCAGUGGACAAGAAAGUGUCAUCUAUGGGAUUUGGGAAGAAUGUCCGAGACCUACCAAGAGCAGCUGUCAGAAUCUUAAGCAACAUGACAUUCCUUUUUGUGAGUUUGUCAUACACAGCUGAGAGUGCCAUUGUAACUGCUUUCAUUACCUUCAUUCCCAAGUUCAUCGAGUCCCAGUUUGGUAUCCCAGCUUCCAAUGCCAGCAUCUACACUGGUGUUAUCAUUGUCCCCAGUGCUGGUGUGGGCAUUGUGCUAGGAGGCUACAUUAUUAAAAAGCUGAAACUUGGUGCCCGGGAAUCCGCCAAACUUGCCAUGAUCUGCAGCGGCGUGUCCUUAUUGUGUUUCUCAACCCUGUUUAUUGUUGGAUGUGAAAGUAUUAACCUAGGAGGCAUAAACAUCCCCUAUACCACAGGACCUUCCCUCACCAUGCCCCAUAGGAAUCUGACAGGAAGUUGUAAUGUGAACUGUGGCUGUAAAAUACAUGAGUAUGAGCCAGUCUGUGGAUCCGAUGGAAUCACAUAUUUUAAUCCGUGUCUGGCUGGCUGUGUUAAUAGUGGUAAUCUCAGCACUGGGAUCCGGAAUUACACAGAAUGCACCUGUGUCCAAAGCCGACAAGUGAUCACUCCACCCACCGUGGGACAACGCGGUCAGCUCCGUGUGGUUAUUGUCAAAACCUAUCUCAAUGAAAAUGGCUAUGCUGUGUCUGGAAAGUGUAAACGCACCUGCAAUACCCUUAUCCCCUUCUUAGUUUUCCUUUUUAUAGUCACCUUCAUCACAGCGUGUGCCCAACCAUCAGCCAUCAUAGUAACACUCAGAUCUGUGGAAGAUGAUGAGAGACCUUUUGCACUGGGAAUGCAGUUUGUGUUGUUGCGGACACUUGCGUACAUUCCGACUCCCAUUUACUUUGGCGCAGUCAUCGACACCACCUGCAUGCUCUGGCAGCAGGAAUGCGGGGUGCAGGGAUCUUGCUGGGAGUACAACGUGACAUCGUUUCGUUUCGUCUAUUUUGGUUUGGCGGCUGGCCUCAAAUUUGUCGGCUUCAUCUUUAUUUUUCUGGCCUGGUACUCCAUCAAGUACAAGGAGGAGGAGCGGCAGAGGCCGAGGCGCCGGGAGCGCCCGCUGAGCACUGUGAGUGAACUGGUGGGCCAGCCCGACAGUGCAGAGAAAGAGGCCCGGACGAGAUCGUGUCCUGCCUUCAGCAUCCAGGGAGAACUCCACGAAGAGGCAGCUCUGCAACGAGGCAUCCCCUGCACAGCACAGACCUAUCCGGGACCCUUCCCGGAAGCAAUAAGCUCCUGUGUGGCCCCAGGGCUCGAAGCCAGGCCUGCUGCACUGUAGCUCCCUCUGAAAGCGUGGAAAUGAAGACUUUGGUUUUGUUGGUUGAGUUGAACAUGGCGACUUGAGAAACACCCGUGCCUUCUUCUCUUUCUUUUUUAACCUCUACAGACACAAUCCUCAAACCAACAAAACAAUGUAACUCAGCCAUUAAUGAUGGAGGGCUGCAUACCUCAUCAAGACUGUCAGCCUUCCGGCUCUUCUCCAAGGAGGAGGAAUUGAGCUAAAUUUGUGAGCAUUUCUGUUCUGUCAACCUGAUGUGCAUGCUCCAGUAUGGUAUAAGGCUGAGGUUCAUGGUUAACCUACUCAAAGGAAAGAUAGUGGUGGUGUGUCUGCUUAGCAUACACUCUUAGGGUGAACUUGACCAUGAUUUUUACCAAUCCAAGUUUUUAGAUAUGAACACCUACUGUGAGUUCUGCUACAAAGCACAAAUGAACUUGCCUCAACUAUGCAAUUUGAUCAGAAAUAUGUCAGUUCAGCAUGUUACUUCGGCUUUCUGAGAAUAGCAAAGAUGUGUUUUUGAACAGAGAAAGCACAGCUUUCCCUGAAGUGUAGUUAGUAGCCUUUGAAGCCAUAGCAGAGUUUUCAAUCAAAUAGAACUUUGAAAAUGCCACACAGAGACCGUGUGCAUAACCUGCUAGGAGGCGGAAUAACAUCACUUCAUAAGACAGAUUCUCUUUUAGUUUCCGCCCCACCAUAGGUAGUUGAAGAGGCUGCAAAUCAUGAAUAGUAGCUUGAGUAUAAACUCCAGUGUUCUUUUGUAAGGGGCUUGAAAACCUUUGUGCUAAACAGUAUGGCUAGAAACUAUACUUUGAGUUCCAGGCUGUACAGAAAGAAACAGAUGGCUUUCUCAACUAAGGAAAUUGUUGCAAACCUUUCUUUAGCUCUUGAGGAGAGUUAGAAAUUGUCCCCUUCACGGUCAAAGUGAUUGGAAUGACAAGUUCCAGAGUCACAAGUUCAGAUCGCAUCUGAACAUUUGACUUGUAUCUUGAAAGCACUGGCAAAUCUGUGCUGUAUUCUUCUUUUUUUUUUUUUUUUUUUUUUUUACAGAAAAUUGCUAGGAUUGCUUCUGAAAAUGAGUAAUUAAAGCAGGAAAGUUGACCUAGGGAUGUAAUAAUCACUUUGAAUGCAAGAGGAGGGAGAUCUGUAAGGUGAACCCAGCAUCUGGUCCUAAGUGAUGACAGAAAAUGCUUUAAAAUAAACUGAUGUGUCCUACUUGAGCAGAGUGAGAAUUGCUGAUCACCCUUGUUAGAGCCCCUGCUGUUGUCAUCUUUUCAAAGUGAUUCUGACAGGAUUUUUCUGCUCCUAAAUCACUCUGGGCUUACUAUCAAUCAUAUAUCGGUACCCCCCAGUCCAUCACUAAGGCAUCACAGAAUGGUUUCUACAAGGUGUUUAGGAUUGUGACUGACAGUGGGUAAAUUUAUGGGAUCUGCCUCUGACAGACUGGAAAUACUGAUAGGAUCAUGACUGGUUUCUGCCCAGCAGUCUAUGCUCAUGUACAACUAAUUUGGGUCAGGUUAUCUCAUCUGGUUUGUACUCUGCCAUGCAAGAGAUCUGCAUGCCA